AUCUCAUAUCUCGCUUGCAACUAUAAAAUCCCCCAAACAACCAUCGAGCCUCGUUCCCAUCCAUCAGUCCGCCCAUCGUUUCCUAUCCCAAACCACCAACCACCAAAGACAAUUGCACUUCAACCAACUCGACAUGGCUCCCAAACUCCCAACUCGCAAGCUUGGAAAGAACGGUCCAGAGGUGACCGCCCUCGGGUUCGGCCUCAUGGGCCUCUCGGCUUACUAUGGCAAACCCAAGCCCGACGAAGAACGCUAUGCGAUACUCGACCACGCCUACGAAGCCGGCGAGCUCUUCUGGGAUUCUGCCGACAUUUACGGGGACAACGAAGACCUGCUUGGCCGCUGGUUCCAGCGAAACCCGGGCAAGAGAGACCAUAUCUUCCUCGCCACAAAGUUUGGCAAUGUCGUCGACCCAAAGACAGGUGCACGAUUGGUCAAGAAUGAGCCAGAGUAUAUCAGGGCCGCAUGCGACAAGUCUUUGAAGCGAUUGGGUGUGGACCACAUCGAUUUGUACUAUUGCCACCGAGUGCAGGCCAACCAGCCCAUUGAGAUCACCGUCAAAGCCAUGAAAGAGCUGCAAGACGCCGGCAAGGUCAAGUACCUGGGUCUGAGCGAGUGCAGCGCAGAGACUCUCAGAAGAGCUUGCAAGGUGGCGCACAUUGAUGCUCUGCAGAUCGAAUACAGCCCCUUCUCCAUGGACAUUGAGAGCCCCCAAAUCGGUCUUCUCAAGGCCUGUCGUGAGCUUGGAGUUGCGGUCGUUGCAUAUUCCCCACUCGGCCGAGGCUUCCUGACUGGAGGCAUCAGAAGCCGAGCCGACUUUGAAGAAGGCGACUUCCGCACCUUUGCGCCUCGAUUUAGUGAAGAGAACUUCCCCAAGAAUCUCAAGCUGGUGGACGACAUCAAGGCCAUUGCUGAUGAAAAGGGCUGCACUCCGGGCCAACUGGUCCUGGCCUUCUUGAUGGCCCAGGGAGACGACAUAUUCCCGAUCCCUGGCACCACGAGAAUCAAGAAUUUCGAUGAGAAUAUGGGCUCCCUGAAGGUCAAAAUCACUUCGGAAGAGAAUGCGAAGAUUCGGAAGGUCAUUGACGCGGCUGAAGUCCACGGUGCUCGGUACCCUGAGGCUUUCUCCAAGGCUUUGUUUGUCGACACCGUGCCACUGAAGGAGUGAGCUGUUGGGGUUUCAGAAGAGAUGGGUGAGAAGAGAUAUUCUCAUUCACUACCAAAGUGGGGAGAUCUUGUCGAUAUGUCCUGAAUCCGUG